CUUUGCACUGACAUCCAGAUACUGACGGGUUCUUUUAUAUUUACUGUAUUUACUUUGGCAAGUACAAGUUAUAUUUUAACUAAGUGAUGAUUUCUACUUGAGCCUCGGCAAGAGCAGUGGGAACACGACUUGAAAGGAAAAGCUGUUUUCACCAGGAUGUCCAUGAAACUGCCUGCAGUUCUGUUGCUGCUUCAGCUGAGUAGUUACUUCGGUUCUGGGAGCUGUGGAAAGGUGCUGGUGUGGCCCAUGGAAUUCAGUCACUGGACCAAUUUAAAGACAAUACUGGACGUACUUGUCCAAAAGGGUCAUGAGGUGAUCGUUUUGAGACAUUCAUCUUCCCUUUCUCUUGAUGUGGAGAAGGAAUCUGGUAUUCAAUUUGAGGAUUAUCCCUCAUCACUAUCUAUAGGUGACAUGGAGUAUAUUUUUACAAAAGGACUCUACAAAGUUAUUUAUGAGCUACCAAAAGAAUCAAUUUGGACUUAUUUUUCAGUGUUGCAAGAAAUUCUAUGGGAAGAGGCUGGAUAUAUGGAAAUACUCUGUAAAGAUUUAGUUCUGAAUAAGAAACUUAUGUCAAAACUCCAAGAGUCAAGGUUUGAUGUCAUUCUGGCAGAUGCUUUCAUGCCCUGUAGUGAGCUGAUUGCAGAGCUCCUGCACGUCCCCUUUGUGUACACCCACCGCUUAUUUCCUGGCUACACAUAUGAAAAGUACAGCGGAGGACUUUCCUUUCCUCCCUCCUAUGUUCCCAUUGCACUGUCACAGUUAAGUGAUCAAAUGACCUUCAUGGGGAGGGUGAAAAACAUGCUAUAUGUGAUUUAUUUUGACUUUUGGUUUCAAGAAUUUAAUGAGAAGAAAUGGAAUCAGUUUUACAGUGAAGUAUUAGGAAGACCGACUACUUUACCUGAGACAAUGAGCAAAGCAGACAUAUGGCUCAUUCGAACGUACUGGGACUUGGAAUUUCCUCGCCCAUCCUUACCCAACAUCGAUUUCAUUGGAGGGCUCCACUGCAAACCUGCCAAACCUCUGCCUAAGGAAAUGGAAGACUUCGUGCAGAGCUCUGGAGAACAUGGAGUUGUGGUGUUUUCUCUGGGGUCGAUGGUCAGUAACAUGACAGAAGACAGAGCCAAUGCGAUUGCAUCAGCCCUUGCUCAAAUUCCGCAAAAGGUUGUGUGGAGAUAUGAUGGCAAGAAACCAGCCACUCUAGGACCCAACACUCAGCUGUACAAAUGGAUCCCUCAGAAUGACCUUCUUGGUCACCCAAAAACUAAAGUGUUCGUAACUCACGGUGGAACCAAUGGCAUCUACGAAGCAAUCUACCACGGGGUCCCUAUGGUGGGCAUUCCUCUGUUCUGGGAUCAAGGUGAUAAUAUUGCCCACAUGAAGGCCAAGGGAGCAGCCAUUGCACUGGAUUUCAUCACAAUGUCAAGUACAGAUUUGGUCAAUGCAAUGAAGACAGUCAUUAAUGAUCCUUCCUAUAAAGAGAAUGCCAUGAGGUUAUCAAGAAUUCACCAUGACCAGCCAGUGAAGCCCCUGGACCGAGCAGUCUUCUGGGUUGAGUUUGUCAUGCGCCACAAAGGGGCCAAGCACCUGCGGGUUGCGGCCCAUGACCUCUCCUGGUUCCAGUACCACUCUUUGGAUGUGAUUGGGUUCCUGCUGGCCUGUGUGGCCACUGUGAUAUUCAUCAUCACAAAAUGUUGUCUCUGUUUUUGCAAAAAGUGUUCAAAAGCAGGAAAGAAGAAAAAAAGUGAGUAGCUGUUAAUUAAGUGUACCUUCGUCUGAAACUGGGAGUCCUGAUAGAUAGACCUCCUCCAGUUUAUUCCAACAAGAAGAGAUUAUGGUGCCGGAUUCCUUCCUCCUGUGACAAAUUUGUACAAAUUACUUUUUCAAGUCAAAUUUUAUUUUCCAUGGGUAGGACCCCCCUGUUUAUGAGUUAGAAAUAUGUCAGGUCAAAGAGAAAUGAAAGUUAAAAUAACACUGAGAUUGCAUCUCAGUGGAAAGAAUGGCUAUCAUCAAGAAAUCAACCA